AUGCAGAUCCUGGUGGUUGUUUCCUUGUGGUGGUGUGUUGGUGUAUUUUCGGUCGCGGCCAGUGCCUUUUACGCAAGGAAGGAUUUUUCUUCCUGCACUCAAAUAGACUUCGACGAGGCAACUCUCUCCUCGCUGCGAAAGUGUGAUUACAUGCAAGAGUUUAUAGUGAAACGUUACGAUGAAUCGACCCACUUCGAACCGUAUCGGCCGGAAACAGUGCACUAUCUGUCACAUCGCUGGCAAGGAUUAACGUGCGGCGAAACGGUGGAUACUUACUCGUUCAAUGAAGAAACUGAGCUCCGGAUGGCUUACAAUCUGGUGUUCGAUAGUGGCGCUACACUGGAGGUGCGUGUGUUUGAUGAAGAACGUAUGGAUUCGGAAAAUAAGCCAACGCUGGUGGAGGUUUGGCAUACUACUGCCUCCACCAAUGGAUGGGGAUUCUUCCGCGAGAAGCUCAACAAGACUGUGAAACAGGCUAGGAUUCAAAUUGAAGCAAACAUCAAUGCUGGCAGUGAUUUGGCGAUAGAAUACUUGACCAUAUUCAACUACGAGGUAGAAACAGAGGAAUGUAGCAUUAUUGAUGAGUUUGCAACGACGACAACUGUCAUACCGGCAACGACCGAAACAACAACGAUUGCUGCGGAAACAACCACUCAACAACCUGACACAACAACUACGCACGAAACAACGACCACGGAAAUGAUCACCACCUCCACGACGUUAUCAACUGCUGACGACGAGACGACUGCUACUACUGAAACGAGUAAAGAACUUUCGACAAUCUCGUCAGAACAAACGAGCACAACGGCUGACACAACUGAAGCCAUUGCAGCUACCACUACUACUACUACUACUGUAACCGAGAUAAUUUCGACGACCUCCACAAAUGCACCUCGCGAUGACACUUCGAUGCAACCGUCCAGCAGCACAACACAAUCACUAACUUCCUCGUACUUCACGACAGACAGUUCAAUCCCGUCAGUAAUCUACUCCACUCCAACCCCUACCGAAACUGCUCCUGUUCCGCCGAUCUUGGAACCAACACUAAGCCCAAAGCAAUGGCUGUGGAUGACACUGACAGCAGUGUUUGCAAUACUAUUCAUACUUGCUGCCAGUGCUGCCAUCUAUUUGUGCUUUAUGAACCAACACUUGCAACGAAUAAGUGCUCGCCUACUAGAUGAAAAUGGUCAUUAUCCUGGUAAAAAAUUCUGA